UCUACAUUGUUGAAACAUAGAGAAACGAAAAUUAAAAAAAUAAGGACUGCUAAAAGCUUUAAAAAAUGCAAUCAACAUAAAUAAUUUUAUAAAAAAAUGGAGAAUAUCUCUCACAUAUCAUUAAUAGAUUUGUCUAAACAAUUUCCCUUCGAACUUGAUAAAAAAACAAAAAAAGAAAUAUCAUUCAAUGAAACAUUAAUAAUAAGUUGUGGUCAUCUUGAGGGUGAUGUUUGCGAUGAGUCAUCGGAUUCAGAAUGGUCUUGCCAAGAUUCUAGCGAUACUGAGGUAGUAGUUGAAGAAAAAAAAGAUGAAGCGCCUUUUGAAAUAAAAGAUUUCGUUCCUGACACUGCUGCUGAUGAAAAAGUUGAAGAAGAAGAUGACGAUUUCCAUUUUUAUUUUUUCCCAGAUUGUGAUAAACCAAAACCUCCUAAAAAUAGCAAAACAAGUGUUAUUACUGUAGAUGGGUUUCUUGCAAUUAAUCCAGAUCUUAAAAAGCCUCGUAUCGUCUGUACAUGUAAUUUUGAUGAGAAAACAGGCAAGUGUGACUGUGUAGUAAAAUUACCGUGUGAGUGCGGUGCGGAAACAGUUGAUGUAUGUACUUGCUCUAAAGCUAAGAGUAUAUGUAUUUGUCACACCAAGCCGCAUAAAGAAUGUAUUUGUAAAGAGAGUGACGUAUGUCUCUGUCGCCCUGAUGCUAUUAAACCAAUAUGUCCUUGUGAAACAUGCGUCGAUAAACCUUGUAUUUGUCGCCCCAAAGUUUUCCCCAGUCCAGACUGUGAAUGUAAAGAAAAACCUAAGCUUGAUGAUAAUACAGCCACGGAAUCUUCAUUUAGGGGGGAAUUCGGUGAAGAAGGGCUAGAAAACAUACAUGAAGAGAAAAUAGAUCCUUGUGAAUGUCAAAAACCAGAUCCAACACCAAUUUGUGCAUGCUUAAAAGGAGACGACUGUAUAUGCAAAAAUAAUACAUGUGUGUGUAAAGUACUGAAAAGUUGCAUUUGUGAAAAGAAAGAUAGCAGAGAUCCUCUAUGUGGAGAUAACGAUUCAAAAACUGUUUGUACUUGUCCUAUUCAUAAUGAAUGUACAUGCGAGGAUUCACCAAACUGCAAAUGUUUUCCCAAGAAAUUAUGUACAUGUGGUGAUCCGGAAAAUUGCACAUGUCAACGUAUUUGUGAUUGUAUAGAGCCUUGUCUUUGCGAUACCAAACCUGUUGUAGAAGAAUGCACUUGUCCUGAAAAGAAGACUACUACUCCUGCUUGCACUUGUGUAAAGAAGGAUCAUGGUAAUAAAUUGAAAAAAGUGAGAGCUGGCAAACAUGGCUACAGGUGGUGUCAUGACGUCGAUCCGCGUCAUACAUAUUUUGACUACGGCUACGAUAUGCACGAUAAGAUUGAUUACAAGGAGCAAAUGAGGGAGAGAAUAAAAAUUUACGGACUACAUGAAGAACAAGCCGAAGAUGAAGAAGUUGCUGCAGUUGAUGAAGUUAAAGCACCACCAUAUAAAAAGAAAGUUAGAAAACCAUCUAUAGAUUGCUGCAGCGCUGUCGGAGGAAUUAGUAUUAGCGUCGAAUGUAUUGGUGAAGACAAGGGUAAAUUCUUGGUACAAGUGAUAUCUCAUUCUUCAAAAGAGGGUGCUAAGACUGGCUCAAAGCUUGUUAGUAUUGUGGAUUGCAACCUACACACAAUGGAGGAGAACAGAACUGAAUACAUAACAAAGCGUGACAUUACAAAAGAGAGACGAAGCUACAUAACGAUAUGUGAAAACGGUUACUAUAACAAAGUGACGCGUAUAUGUGGUGAGCGUCAUGUAGUCAAACGGUUAUACCACACAUUCGAGGACUCCAAGCAAUUUUUAUUGGAAGGUUCCAACGUUGUACUGUUGAGAUAUCUUGGUGUCCGUCGUUACCGCGGGAACAUUAAGACCGAAACAGUACUGAUGAAUGGACAGAUAUGUGAAAGCAUUUAUGUAUGUUUGGGAGUGAGUCAAGCGAUCGUGAAUGGCACUCCCUUGUUCGUGUGUAAGAUUGAAAGGCAUAUUAUAGAACCUUCUGGAUUUGUGCAUCAAACGCUGACUAUCCUCACUCUAAGAGGCUAUAUGGUGAGUCACGAGUGGGCUGACAACAACUACCUGUUACACCUGAACCCGCUGCUCCGCAUCAUUCCUGAAAAGGACGAGAUCGAGCCGCACGUGCCGCUGCGGUCUUCUUGGCGACAGGACCUUCAGUUGCUCUCGGACUAUUUGGAUUUCAAGAGUACUAGAUCUUCGGAAGGGGCUCGCUACGUGUCUGAAAAUGGCGCCCUAUCCGGGGCUGUUAAAGACUACCUCCAAGCUCUGCUCUUGUUGAAGCCACAAGAUGCCCUCCAUUUCACCAGGCAUUACUUCGAAACAGCGCUUUCGGCUUUGGACCUACCUCAUAAUGAAUUCUUCGAUCCUGCUACUAGACACGUACGAUACUUCUUCUUUGAAGAAUGAAUACUGUGUCACUUUAUUAAUUUUAGAUUAUUGUAUUUUUAUUACAUUAAUUUCUUCAGUAAUAUGGAUGUUGUCAACUCCGUCUGUAUAUUACUCGAGGAAAAAUUACUUAAAAAUUUAGUUGUUUUCACGCAAGUGGUUUUACUAAUGUUUCGUAAGAGUGUUUUGAAGAGAUACACAAACAUACAUGUCCCUGGUUGGUAUCUCUCAAUGUAAAUUUAAAUAUACAUAUCCUCUGUCGUCUACGUACGAAGUUGACGUUAUAUAAAUACUUAAAUUUUAAUUUUUUUACCUUCACAUAGUAUAUAUAUUUUUUAUUAAAUUCUUUUGCAAUUAGGAACAAA